GCGAGGGAGGCGUGCCCUGGGAAAAGCCGAAACUGAGACUUAAAGAGUGAGGGACCAGAGCAGAGAGGGUAACCUGGAGGAGGGCUCUGCAAGUGAUGUGAGGUCGACUCUUCAGGUUCAUUUCCAUAGCUUUCUUGCAGCCUCUUCCUCGGAGAGUUAGGUCUCGUUACUGAGUUCAGCGGUACCAGAUUGCAGCGGGGCUGAUUUGGGGACUGGGCAUUUGCCAUUCCGCUGGACAGUGUUUUUGUAUAUUUAAAUUUUUUGCAGGUUUUAGGUAAUGGGCAGAUCAGAAAGUCGGAUGGAUAUAACUGAUAUCAACACACCAAAGCCAAAGAAGAAACAGAGAUGGACCCCAUUGGAGAUCAGCCUCUCCGUCCUCGUCCUGCUGCUCACCAUCAUUGCAGUGACAAUGAUUGCUCUCUAUGCAACCUAUGAUGAUGGUAUUUGCAAGUCAUCAGAGUGCAUAAAAUCAGCCGCUCGACUGAUCCAGAACAUGGAUGCCACUGUUGAGCCUUGUGCAGACUUUUUCAAAUAUGCUUGCGGAGGCUGGUUGAAACGUAACGUCAUUCCGGAGACCAGCUCUCGUUACAGUAACUUUGACAUUUUAAGAGAUGAAUUAGAAGUCGUUUUGAAAGAUGUCCUUCAGGAACCCAAAACUGAAGAUAUAAUAGCAGUGCAGAAAGCAAAAAUGUUAUAUAGAUCUUGUAUAAAUGAAACUGCUAUUGAGAGCAGAGGCGGGAAACCUCUACUUAGACUGUUGCCAGAUAUAUAUGAUUGGCCAGUGGCACUAGAAAACUGGGAGCAAAAAUAUGGUUCUUCUUGGACAGCUGAGAAAUCUAUUGCACAACUGAAUUCUAAAUAUGGAAAAAAAGUCAUUAUUAAUUUCUUUGUUGGCACUGAUGAUAAAAACUCUACGAAUCAUAUAAUUCAUAUUGACCAACCUCAACUUGGCCUGCCUUCCAGAGACUACUAUGAAUGCACUGCAGCAUAUAAAGAGGCUUGUACGGCAUAUGUGGAUUUUAUGAUUUCUGUGGCCAAAUUGAUUCGUCAGGAAAGAGGACUGCCCAUAGAUGAAAACCAGCUUUCUUUGGAAAUGAAUAAAGUUAUGGAUUUGGAAAAAGAAAUUGCCAAUUCAGUGAAAACAGUAAUACUGGAUGAUGAUGAUAGCACUAAACUCGUUAGGCCACGUGAGCGGACAGUCACGGAAGCUACAACUAAAUCUGAAGAUCGAAAUGAUCCAAUGCUUCUUUAUAACAAAAUGACAUUAGCUGAGGUCCAAAAUAAAUUUUCACUGGAAUUCAGUGGGAAGCCAUUCAGCUGGUCAAAUUUCACAAAUGAAAUCAUGUCAACCGUGAAUAUCAAUAUUCCACAUGAGGAAGAAGUGAUUGUUUAUGCUCCAGAAUAUUUAACCAAUCUUAAGCUCAUUCUUGCCAAAUAUUCUGCCAGAGAUCUUCAAAAUUUAAUGUCCUGGCGGUUCAUAAUGGAUCUUGUAAGCAGCCUCAGCCGAAACUACAAGGAGUCCAGAAAUGCUUUCCGCAAGGCUCUUUAUGGCACAACAUCAGAAACAGCAACUUGGAGACGCUGCGCAAACUAUGUCAAUGGGAAUAUGGAAAAUGCCGUGGGAAGGCUCUAUGUGGAAGCGGCAUUUCCUGGAGAUAGUAAACAUGUGGUUGAGGAUUUAAUUGCCCAGAUCCGGGAGGUUUUUAUUCAGACUUUAGAUGACCUAACUUGGAUGGAUGCAGAAACAAAAAAGAAAGCUGAGGAAAAGGCCUUAGCAAUUAAAGAAAGAAUUGGCUAUCCUGAUGACAUUAUUUCAAAUGACGACAAACUGAAUAAUGAGUACCUUGAGUUGAGCUACCAGGAAGAAGAAUACUUUGAGAAUAUAAUUCAAAACUUGAAGUUUGGCCAAAAUAGACAACUAAAGAAGCUUCGAGAAAAGGUGGACAAGGAUGAGUGGAUAAGCGGAGCAGCUGUAGUCAAUGCAUUUUACUCGUCAGGCAGAAAUCAGAUAGUCUUCCCAGCUGGCAUUCUGCAGCCACCCUUUUUCAGUGCCCAGCAGCCUAAGUCAUUGAACUAUGGGGGCAUUGGCAUGGUCAUAGGACACGAAAUCACCCAUGGCUUCGAUGACAAUGGCAGAAAUUUUAACAAGGAUGGAGACCUUGUUGACUGGUGGACUCAACAGUCUGCAAAUAAUUUUAAAGACCUGUCCCAGUGCAUGGUGUACCAGUAUGGGAACUUCUCCUGGGACCUAGCGAAUGGACAGCAUCUCAAUGGAAUUAAUACACUGGGAGAAAACAUUGCUGAUAAUGGUGGUAUUGGCCAAGCAUACAGAGCCUAUCAAAACUAUGUUAAAAAGCAUGGUGAAGAAAAAUUACUUCCUGGACUUGACCUCAAUCACAGACAACUGUUCUUCCUGAAUUUUGCCCAGGUGUGGUGUGGAACCUACAGGACGGAGUAUGCACUCAACUCCAUUAAAACAGAUGUGCACAGUCCAGGCAAUUUCAGGAUUAUUGGGACUUUGCAGAACUCUCCUCAGUUUUCAGAAGCCUUCCAUUGUCACAAGAAUUCAUACAUGAAUCCAGAAAAGAAAUGCCGGGUUUGGUAAUCUUCAGAAGAAGUGGUGCAGCCCUUGGCUAAGCUUGCCCAAAUCACAGAAAUGGGGAACUCUAUCAGAGAGAGAAGGGGUCAGAGAGGUCACUGAUUACAUGGAGGUAGUUCACAGGGGUGAGAACAUGGCAAUAAAAAUGAAGUUUGGUUAUUCUGGAAAAGGUGUGGAGGGAGGAAGGGUCUAAUGUCUAUCAAAUCACUCAUUCUCACUGUCUAAAUUAUGCUUAAUCUCUAGACAGAAUAUUACCAUUCAUUUCAGUUUCCCAUAUGAUCUGCCAAUUUGAUGUUGUCUCUUGAUGUGGACCGAAAUUUCUAAUGAAAGGGAGAAAGAAAAGGUAGAAUAAUUCACUUGGCCCCAAAAGUACAGCAGUAGCAUAAGAGUUAAAAACAUGAGGCCUGUGUACCUAUUUUUACCUUUAUUUGCAACAUUUACACUCCUUCAGAACUCUUCCAAAGAAAUCUUAUACAUAUUGGGGCCUUGGGACUCAACAUAGUUUUAAUCUAAUUUUACCAGUUAUCAGUUAUUCAUUCUGAGAGUAUUCUAAGCACUCUUAGGGCUAAAAUGAAUGUCUAAAACUGUUUUUUGUUGUACCUGUUUCCACUGAUAAUGAGAUUCUUGAGGCUCCCUGCAAUUUUCUAAGCAGUUUCUUGUUCUCUCUCAAAACUUGGUCUUUUUAAGAGAUUUGUAGUAAUGUAUAAAUAAUAAUUUUUAUAUUUAAUUAUUAACUACAUUUAUGACUAAAUAAUUGUUAUUAUAAGUAACCAUUGAAUAUUGAAGCUUCAGAUCAAGAUAAAUAGUUAAUGAACCAACAAGGUCUGUAAAAUGAUGUACAGAUAAAGAUUUGAGACUUUUUAAACUUAUAAAUCAUAUUGAUGAAAAGCUUUAAGCACAAACUUUGGGUUAAAAACUACCCCUGGACAGUUGGCUAGAGGUACAUAAGAGUUGUGGUUUAAAGAUAACAUAAGAGUUGUAGUUUAUAACCAGGAUUUUCAAAGUGAAAUCUUCUCUGAGGGUGGCUAUGAUAAAAGGGCACAACUGCAUUUAUGUAGCUCUGCAUCUCCUGUCUUUUCAGAUUUGUCAUGAUGCAAAUAUUUUGAUAAUAAAUUGAAAUUGUGAACCCA